AUGACUGAACGAGUCAAUAGAAAUCUUAAACCAAUGUUAGCACAAUAUGCUCAAGAAAAUCCACAAUCAUGGGGUCAACAUUUAUUGAAACUUGCUUUUUCUAUUCGAACUUCAUUAAAUGAAGCAACAGGUGAUACACCAGCACAUCUUAAUUUUGGACGUGAUCCUAAAUUACCUCUAGACCUACUCCUAACCACACCGACUUAUGAUGUACCUCUACUUUCCACAUCUCUAUCCUCAGAAAUCGAAAAUUAUAAACAACAACUUCGUCAUCAAUUACUUACAUCUCAUCAAAUUGCUCAAGAACAUAGUGAAGUACGCAAACUUCAGCAGAAACAUCAGUGUGACUGUCUUAGUUCUAAACGUUCUUUUAAAGAAGGACAACUCGUUUGGUGUUUUUCUCCUCUUCAUUUCAUUUUUUUUCUCUUUCAUGAUGUUUGUUGUUCAUUUCUACAUUUGUUUCAAUUCGGCGUUGUUAUUUUUUCUCAUAUAUCUAAUCAAACACAUAAUAGUUCAUACAAUGUUAUACGUUGUCGCUCAUCUUCUAAUUCACUAACUAUCAAAUUAGUUGUCGCUUGUGUUUUUUUUCAAUUCGUUACUCUAUUAUCUUAUUAAUCACUAUCAUUGUCCUUGCUCGUGCCGAUGCACUCGUAUCGCGGCGGAGGGGUGUGUGACGGCUUCUAUCCGUCACUACUCCUCA